CGUAAAUCAGAAUUUUGACAUGCUGUAAAGUGCAAGUCACAGCCGCCGAAGCCCUUAGGAUCCAAACACUUGUGAAACGCUGCAUGUCUAGCAAAGUUGACUUUCUUAUGGGAAUAUAAUUUUUUUGUUGAGGUGCUGUCUUUCAACCCUAAUCCUUUCACCAAGAAUGAAACUAUUUAAAAAUUAAGAUGUCUACAGAUCACGAGGAGCCCUGUGGUCCCGGUCACAGGUCAUUUUGCCUGAAUGGGGGGAUGUGUUAUGUGAUACCUACUAUUCCCAGCCCAUUCUGUAGGUGCAUUGAGAAUUACACAGGAGCUCGUUGCGAAGAGGUUUUUCUCCCAAGCUCCAGCAUCCAAAGCCAAAGUAACCUGUCGGCAGCUUUCGUGGCCCUGGCGAUCCUCGUCUCGCUCCUCAUCGCAGCACUCUGCUUCCUGUGCAGGAAGAGCCACCUUCAGAGAGCCAGUUCAGUGCAGUGUGAGAUCAGCCUGGCAGAGACCAGCAAUACCAGUACCCACCACAGUCACAGAGAACACUGAAGACACACCCAGCGCAGAGCAUUAUUGCCAUCAGCUUACCCAGGCAGAAAGUGAACCUUACGAGGAGAGAAGGUUUUACUAUCUUAGGGUGACGAUUGCUGUGGUGAAACACCAUGACCAAAAGCAGCUUGUGGAGGAAAGGGGUUAUUUGGCUUCCACAUCCUGGGUCACAGUCCCUUGUGGGAAGGAAGCUAAAGCAGGGAUUCAAGCCAGCUGGGAACCUGGAGGCAGUGGCUGACACAGAGGUUGUUCCAAAAGACCAGCAAUAAACGGACUCCGCUAACCGAGCACCACCAGCGACGUCCCAGGAUCCACAGCUCAGGGAUGUCCCCACCCACAGGGGCUGGGCCCUCUCCUGUCAAUCACUGAUUAAGAAAAUGCCCUGCAGGCCUGCCGACCACCAAAGCUUACCGAGGAGCAUCAUGAGGACCAGAGCUAUAAACCUAUCAAUGGUAACGCUGAAGGAACCCAACUCUGAUGUUCUUAAAGGACAAUAAAUACAAGUUUAGUUCUUUGA